GCUAAAAGGUAAGUGCCGAAUCUAAUAGGAUUUAAAUGAAAAGAUAUUAUAAUUUAAACAUACUGAAUACAGUUUACAUCCUCAUCAUUUGCUCAUACAAUCAUUAGUAUUCUUUUUUGUUAAUUACGUGUAUCAUCAGUUUUUGUGACGAGAUCUAUGAUUACGCUUGAUUUUCUCUAUCAGUUCUUAACUUAUGGUGUCAUAUUAUGCUUUAUUAGGUUUGUUGAGAGAGCCAAUAUGAGCAGUGAGCAGCCUCCCCCUCCAUACUCCUCCAACUCCUAUUACCCCCCGCAACACCCUAAUGAAAUGCAGGGCAAAGUUGGGGAGGCACCUGUUGGCAUGAUGCCCCCAGUUGACGAGAGAAUCAAUAUGGGGAUUCCAGACAGCGCUCCCCCGGAGUACAACCUGGGCUUUGAUAAUGUUAACUGCUUUUCAGAUGCUGCCAUAAGGAGAGGUUUUAUUAAAAAGGUGUACCUGACGCUUACGGUUCAAUUAUUAACAACAGUUGGAAUUAUCUGUGCUUUUCUUUAUUGGGUGACACUCAGAGUCUGGGUGAGAAACACAAGCUGGUUUCCAUACACUAUGCUGGCUGCAACAUUCGUUCUAAUCAUUGUGCUUGCCUGUUGUGGUGACAUACGUCGGAAGGUUCCCUUGAACUUCCUCUUCCUAGGACUGUUUACGAUUGCAGAGGGUUUGCUUCUUGGAUCAAUAACAGUGUUCUAUGCAGCAGAGGCAGUGCUCUGGGCAGCGGGUGCAACUGCUUUAGUGUCACUUGCAAUGAGUUUGUUUGCGUUACAGUCUAAAUGGGACUUCACACCUGCUUAUGGAACUAUGUGGGCAAUAUGCUGGACACUGUUUUCUUUUGGAUUGCUUUGUGCAAUCUUGAGAUCGCAGUAUCUGUACAUCACUUAUGCAUCGCUGGGAACGUUGGUCUUCUCUGUGUACCUGGUAAUGGACACACAGCUCAUACUGGGUGGAAAGCACAAAUACAGCAUCAGUCCAGAAGAAUACAUUUUUGCUGCACUCAACUUGUACCUUGACAUUGUGUCAAUUUUUCUCUUGUUACUUCAACUCAUUGGAUUUUGCCGUUGAUGUGAUUUAUGUCUGUAGGUCUGAAUGGUCAUGGUUUACCCCAUUGUGGAGGUAAUGUUGCACUGUUUUUCAUGAAGUCUCAUGGACUCCUACUCCUGUACUUUGUUAAGUUAAAUACAUUAAAGAGUACACUAUUUUAUAUUAUCUGAAAAUUGACACUGAAGACCAAUAAUGCAAAAGGCUUGCGAUACUUUUCUCUAAACACAUGCCAGUCUU